UGUUAUCACACGCGUCCCUCGAUUAGACCCUGUUCUAGUGUGGCACUUUUUCUCUCCGCAUCGUCUGACGAAAAGAGCUGCUGUUUGUUCGCAGAACUUGGCCAGCUAAGGGAAACCAGAUCCUACCUAAUCCUAUUUUUUCGUUCGGUAGUGCGAGGAACAAAGAAACGUACAUACGGUGGUGCGGAUUUUACCUUUUCGAAAGUGUUUAUUGUGCGAAAAUUACCUAAAGCUAUCAACCCAAUAAGCAGUGCAAUUUACCAGUUUGUGACGACAGCGUCAAAUCCAAAGUGAGAUAAGAAAAUCCUCCGAAAGAAGUUUCGUGUCUGUGUACAUUCCGUGGGAGGAAAGAAACCUCGAGCUUGUACAACGUAAUUAGAAACGAAGAUUUCUAGCAGGUGAUUCCAGCAGCUAGCGAGGCCGAAAGUAUAAAUUGGCAGCAAAAAUGUCCUACGCAUACCUGUUCAAGUACAUCAUCAUAGGCGACACAGGUGUCGGUAAAUCCUGUCUGUUGCUCCAGUUCACGGACAAACGGUUCCAGCCGGUGCACGAUCUGACGAUUGGCGUGGAGUUCGGUGCCCGCAUGAUAACCAUCGACGGCAAACAGAUCAAGCUGCAAAUCUGGGACACCGCCGGUCAGGAAGCGUUCCGUUCGAUUACCCGUUCGUACUACCGGGGAGCCGCCGGUGCCCUGCUGGUGUAUGACAUCACCCGAAGGGAAACGUUCAACCAUCUGACCACCUGGCUGGAGGACGCACGACAACACUCGAAUUCGAACAUGGUUAUCAUGCUGAUCGGCAAUAAGAGCGAUUUGGAUUCCCGUCGUGAAGUGAAGAAGGAAGAGGGUGAAGCCUUCGCCCGAGAGCACGGUCUAGUCUUUAUGGAAACUUCCGCUCGUACGGCAGCGAAUGUGGAGGAAGCAUUCAUCAACACUGCAAAGGAGAUCUACGAGAAGAUCCAGGAGGGAGUGUUUGACAUCAACAAUGAGGCAAAUGGCAUCAAGAUUGGCCAGCAGCAUUCCCCGACCAAUCCAUCCCUAGGUAGUGGAAACAAUCCCGGCGGUCAGUCGAGCAGUGGUUGCUGUUAAACAGUGUUGCCAAAAUCUACAACCCAGCAUCGCCAUUUUCCACAUUUCUUGUGCGCAUUGAUGAAUCGAUUCCCCUAAUUGUGUGGGUAGCAUGGAUUGCUACUCAGAGUGAUUUGGGUGGAAUAAAAAAAUGUGGGAAACCUAAAAGAAGAACAAAUAAUGUUGGAGGCUGUAACUGUAACAGCAGGACAUCACACGAGAGCGAUGGACUUUGUAUAGCAAAAAACAGCAAACUAAUUCAAAAGAUAACGAAAUCGUGUGCUCCUAGCAUUACAAAACAAUACCUAUAAUAAUGAUGAUGAUGAUACAUUUUUGAAAUACCGAAGUUGCAGUCGGGGUUUGUGUAAGCGAAAUGGGACGUGAUUUGCGAAUGUUGUAAAAUAUAUGGAAAUGUUUGUUUUAUUUUAGUAAUUUUAAUUUUCAAACUCCAUUAAUUCGAUAGUAGCUAUUUACAAAAGACCAACUGAUUUGUGUUAGUUUUUUUUUUGUUUCAUUUGUUUAUUUUAAGACGAUAAGUGAAUAAAGUGAAUUUAAACAACCCACAUAUAAAGUAAGAGGAUUACAACACUUACCUUUACUGCAUGUUGAGUAACUAUCUCCACAAAAAAAAAACUUUAACAUCAAUACAACUAAUGAAUUCUAUAGCAUAAGCAAACGUACAGAUCUUUGCAGACUUACUCGGUCCAUUUUAUUAGAUCAAAGCUUCUUACCAAAUAGUCUUCGUUGGUUUUUAAUCAAUAAAAAAAAAAUAAAAGUAAUUGAGCGUCGUAGCAUAAAUACAGCCUGGUUUUGAGACGAUUUAUAAAGCUUAAUUCGCAUUAUAUUAUCCAACACAGACGCCUCGUUUCGAAUCAGACAAAGAUCAUCAGGCACGCAUUCCACACACUUGGAAAUUGUUUCCUUCGUUUGCGUCCGCAAGCAAACGUAAUUAACCUUACAUCGAUGUCUGUCCUUUUGUUGUCCAACUAAAAAAACGCAAACUUUUCUUCGAAGCAUUGCUUGUUGAGUGCAUUAUUGGAUAACAAAAUUACCAUUUUCUACAAUAACUAAGCACCGAAAAUGCCCCAGAACCCAGAUAACUGGCAUGUACCAGGCGCGAAAUAUCAAAAUAGAAUCCGGGAUGAGUUGUAAUUUCAUAAAAAUAAAACAAAUAGAAAGGAAAACCUAUGACGAUUAUGUUUCAGUUUGUGAUCAAUUUAAGGUAAACUAAAUAUAAACUAUGAAAUUAAUAUCAAUUAA